AUGUAUGUGAAAUGGUUUGAUACAGUAAUGUUUUACUAUGUGAUUUUAGUGAUUUUAGUGAAUGUCACUUUUAGUCAUUUUCAAAUUCCCGCCAUUCCGUCCCCGGUACGUCCCAACGCUCGCAGGGGACGGAACCCAGAUGACAGAUGUUGGCAUCCGCCGGAUUACAUUGCCGGGGACACUGCAGGAGGGACAUGGCGGGAGCACAGGACAAGGUAAGUGAUUGAGGGAUUCCGGAAUAGCGCCGCAUGGUAAGCCCAAGUGUAGCUCGGGUUACCGCUUAUGCUACACUCGGGAAUACCGCCAGGGAGGUUA